UUGGAUGAUGUUGGUUUUGCUGUAAAUUUCAUUGGAAUUUUUGGGGUUUUUUUCCAGUGUGAACCAAAUCAUGGAUUAUUUUGUAAAUCGAGCAAAUUGGAGCAUGUACAGUCGCCGAGUCCAUCGGGAGAAGCACCAGAAAGCAAUCCAUUUGCCAAAGAAUUCGGGAUGGAAAUCGGUGAUCGAGUGAUUGUUUCGGGUGACAAAUUUGGAACGCUACGCUUUCUCGGUCAUACAGAUUUUAAAGAUGGCGUUUGGGCAGGCAUUGAGCUCGAUCAACCUGUCGGGAAAAAUGAUGGCAGUGUGCAGGUCUGUCACUUUCGUUUGGAGUUUUUCUAAAA